AUGUACAUUAGCCAACACGGAAACUCAGGUAUUAAUCCACGAGAUGUCGUCAGCCUGGACUUGAUUGUUCCUCAGACGAUCAGCAAUAAGCAGAGUUUAGAAUGCGUUCAGACGUUGCUUAAAGCCGGUCUAGGGUGUAUCGCAUACUUGAGGGGUCUUCUACCGGCCGAGAACUUUAGUGAAUAUCGACUCUCGUCUCGAAACAAUGGACGAGCCUCCUCCUCUGGCUCUUUCUCUUCAGACGGCACUACCGGACUGAAUAUCAGCGGUUUCAAGUUGAUGACCCUCAACCGAGGUUUCACUAAUGAAGGGGAUCGUAUAAUUGACUACCUGGAGAACGGCAUAUUUGACGCCAUAGACAAGCAAUACCUUCGGAAAGUUAUAUUCGGCAUUUACUUGGACAGCAAAGAUCCCAACAACAUUGUGGAGGCUUACACCUUCAAUUUCCAUUACCACAAGCUGCCUGGAAGUCAUACUACCAUACCGAUCAUGACUCUUGGAGAUCAGUUAUCAAAAAUGUCUCUUGCGCGCCCAGACCCUGUUUCUGAGGCCCUCAAGAAAGGGCAGAUGCCGACUCUCGGGGAGGUUAAGAGGAGUGUUAAGGUGCAGCAAUCCUUACUUAUCUGGAAUCGUUUCUUGUUCUUCAACGAAGAUGCCCCAGAUGACUAUCAGCCCCCUCAUUUCCAGGCGGCAGAUGCUGAAGCUAACAAAUGGUUCUUUACUACCCAUGCGGCAAAUGAAGUACCAGAACGAACGAGUAUCGGCCAAGUGAGUGCAGGAUGGCAUGGCCUCGACAUGAAAGUGGUUUCAGUAUCAUCGUAUCUUCCUUCUAUAUCCGAAGACAACAAUGCGCCAUUCGCGGGUAUCACGUCUCACACAGCCCCGAGGUUGACUCCGGUUGAAGAGGCGAGAAUUAGAGUAGAGGACGCACAGUUGCAGAAGAAAGAUGCGUUAGAGCGCAAUAUUGUCUGGAGCGCAGAUGAAGACGAGGAUGCUGAGGGUGAAAUGGUAAUCGACGAAGGCAUUGUUUUGGCCAGGUUCGGUGGUGACGUAGUAAUUGCCCCCAUCGGUAUACGCAGCGAAGAUGGAGAGGUUCGACCACUCCCUCAAGUCAAUGUCACUUCGUCUCCCGCUCAUGUCCAAUAUGACGGUAUAUCGGAGUCGACCCCGGUACGCGUCGGAGACUUGAACAUUAGAAAGGCUGCUCGUGACAUCGAGGAAACGCAGCAGAUCCCAGCUACUCAGGAGAUUGUCAUGGGAUCGCCGAUACCCGCUCCUUCAUCGAAUAAGGCCCCGUCCUUGCCUGCUUCUGAUGUUGCCUCCUCCGCUUCGGCUAUCUCCACUCAAGAGGUUGAUACUCAGUACCUCCAGGAUCUACUUGGAAUGAGGAAUGUUGUAUCCACUGUGCCUGAUUCAGAGAUGUUGGAUAUGGAGACACAGGUGCUGGAAGCGUCUGGACCAUCCUGCAAUCCAGGUACGACUGGUCCGCAGAUCACUCGUCGUAGCAACCGUUCCAAGCGGAUGGAUGAAGGCCAACUUGACUGUGACUGUGGGGUAUCGGUGCGUACGCAGCGAAAUGGAAAGAAACACAAGCUAAUCUACCCUCAAAGAAGAUCGAUGAUGCUUCUCUGCUAUGUGACGGUGGUUGCAACCGUUGGUUCCACGUUUGGUACGCAUUUUUGUCUCUCGUAUCAUGGUGCACAAGACAAGCGUCUCCCUGCUCAAUUUAUUUGCUUUGAUUGUCGUCUCCGCGACUCCCACCUGUGGGACAUCAUCGCAGGGAAGAUUCAUGCUGAUAUCAUUGCCCGAUACAAAGACCUCGCCCUCUUCAGGAGGGCUAUCAAAAUUUAUGAGGUGUAUCAGCCAUCUUCGGCGUCGCUUUUCAAGGUGCAUGCUGGGUGUGAUACUGCACUGGUUGGUCAGCUUCUGACGAGGCUAGAAGAGGAAGGUUUUAUUGCGGUUGAAAGCAUAGUCUCUGAUGAGUUGGGUACUGGCGUUACCCGCUCCCACGCGAAAAAGGGCAAGAAAAACGUGAAAACUAAAAAGCAGAAGGAGCUUCAAAAAACCAAAUAUGUCUUCCUCUCCAAGGCGAAACGAUCCAAAGCCUACGCUGAUUAUUUCAACCCACUGACCGAGGUCGAGAAUCGCCUUAUGGGCCUAUCCGACACGGUAAGAGAUAUUAAUCAUCGUAUGUCACGUUGCUAA